AUGCCCAAGGAUAAUAUAAUCAAGCGUCGCUCUUCGUGCAGCAAAGUCACACAUCAACCUGGUGCUUCUCUUCUGAGACGACGAAAAUCAGCAUCCGCAGUUUUGGAACCAACCAGCAGCACUCGUCGCAAGACUGAAGACAAGAAAGACCAGAACCCCUUGGUUCUGGGACGAGGAAGUGUGAAUGUCUCGGCUGGUCGUACCAUUUACGAAAGGGCCAGCUCUCGUCGGGAGAGACAUCGACUGGCCCUGAAGAAUGGAUUGAAAUUAGGCGAAGAGGAUGGAUCCAAUCAUAUCGUGGCCUUGGGGCGUGUGGGUGCUCGAGGCCCGAAUCGAUCCUCUCUCACCAAGGAAAGUCCAGAGGGUGAAGAUCCAGGGUUGCUGGCCAUUGCUGCUGCUGACAGCAAAAGGAAACAGGCAGGACGAAAACGCGUCGCAUCUACAAAGCCAAGGGGGUAUAAUUCGUUGGGUAGGGCAGCAGCUGCUUCAGCAAGCCCCUCGCAACGAAAUCAGAGCAUCUUCAAUGCCAAGAUGAAGGCGGCUAGUCAAAAAAGCAAAAGGAUACCUGUCCGUGAAAAACUACUGAAUGGAUGA